AUGGUCAUACAGGAAAAUAUACCAUCACGAACGCCUCCUUUACACCAUUUACUUAGUGAUCCUCAUUCAUCAGAUCACGUGCAACAGCAACAUUCAACAAUAACAGCAAAUAUGGCAUUAACAACUGAACGUGAAGCUUAUUUGCGCUUAGCAGCCCAUUCAAUGGAAAAUUCCAGACAAUUAGUACCCAAUUUCAAUAUUCGUUCACCUAAAUCUUAUGGAGGUUAUGUUGCGCCAAUAAAUCAAACUCAUGCUACCGGAUAUGAACAACAAAGAACACCUUAUCCCAAUGGUUUGUCUUCAUCAUCAUCCUCCUAUAGCCAAGCUUUUAGUGAUACGAAUUUGUACAUAAAGAAUCUACCACCAGAGUAUUCCGAUAAAGAUCUUGCUGCACUCGUCGAAGGAUGUGGUCGUAUCAAAUCAAUGAAAGCAAUAAUUGAUAAACAAACAAAUAAAUGUAAAGGCUUUGGUUUUAUCGAUUUUGAAUCGCACGAAGAUGCCCAAAAUGCAAUAGCCGAAUUACAAAAGAAGGGCUACACAGCUCAACUAGCUAAGUCAUCACAGCAACAGGAGCAAGAUGAAACGAACCUAUAUUUUGCAAAUCUGGAUAUUAAUAUGACAGAGCAAGAUUUACGACAGGCUCUUAGUGAUUAUGGAACGGUUGUUAGUGUACGCAUUCUUCGUGAUCAAGAAAAACAUUCACGCGGUGUUGGUUUCGCACGAAUGAACGAUAGAAAACAAUGUCAAGACAUUAUUGAUCAAUUCCAUAAUAAAACUUUUCCAAAUUUUACUGAUAAGCCCGUACAAGUUAAAUUUGCUGAUGCUAGUAAAAAUAAAAAGGUAUAUAAAACAAGUUUUGAUGACAUGAAGAGUGGCCCUCCAUUAUAUACACCUAUAGACCAAACAGGAUCUUAUCCACCUCAAGCUGUUCUCUAUCCACCCUGGCCACAACUUCCACCAUCACAAGUUCCAACACAGCAGGCACCGCCACAUCCAAUCUACGGUCAACCAGCACCGUUACGACAGGCAUUGGCCGGUUACAAUCAUCCGAUUCCGCCUUAUAUGCAAUCAUCUCACGAACCUGGUGCCGCAUUCGUACUACCAUUACCUGUACAACAAUUACAACAGUUACAAAUUGCCAAUGGUCAUCCCGGAGCAUAUUGCGUUGUUAAUUCUCCUCAUCAUGCCCUUUUUAUGUCAGCAGCUCAACAGCAAUCACAAGCACAACAACCACCGCCACCACAUGAUCAAUAUAUUUCUAGCAAGCACGAAUAG